AUGCAUAUCGUGGGUGCUUUAGAGAGAAGAUACGAGUUUUUCAGGAUCAGGGAGGAUGCGGCUGGCAAACCCGGACACACGCCCUUACAGAAGUGCACUGCCGCAAUCAGGCAACUGGCGUACGGAGGCCCGACCGACAUGUUCGACGAGUACCUCCACAUUGGCAAGUCUUCAGCCGUCGAGUGUCUGCUGAAUUUUUGCGCGGGCGUUAGAUCGAUAUUCGGGGAUCAUUAUCUUCGGCAUCCGAACCCCGAAGACUGCCAGCGGCUGAUAAAUAUGCACGGGUCGGUGCACGGGUUCCCUGGGAUGUUGGGCAGCAUAGAUUGUAUGCAUUGGGAGUGGAGGAACUGCCCCGUCGCCUGGAAGGGGAUACACACUUCCGGCUUCAAAGCCAAGCAUCGCACGAUGAUCCUUGAAGCUGUAGCCUGA